CCUGCUAUGGCCACCACCACCAACACCACAGAGGAAAGCUCUUUGGUCUCCCCGGCCAUCGAAGCACUCCAGCAGCCUGACUUGGAAACUAGCAUAGAACCCGACUCAGCAGUAAAGACUGAGCCCAGAGAGGCCCGAUGUGACAGAGAGAAGGAGGAUGAAGAAGAGGAGGAAGGAGUAGGAAGUUGUGCUGAAGGGCCAGAGGAUGCAAAAGGGCAGAGUUUGGAUCCAGAGUGGGUGGAAGAGAGGUUCAGGAUCGACAGGAAGAAGCUUGAAACCAUGUUGUAUGCUCCAAAGCAAAAAGACAGUGAGACUGGAGAGGAGUUUUUUGAGAGAAUGAUGAGAGAAACUAACACUCAGGUGAAAUGGCCAUCCAAGCUGAAGAUAGGGGCCAAGUCAAAGAAAGAUCCCCAUGUGAAAGUGGAAGGGAAGCGAGCUGAUGUUAUGGUAGCCAAGAAGAAGAUACUAGAAGUGCUGGAAACCAAGGUAAACAAAGUGACUCUGAAAAUGGAUGUGGCCUAUACAGAGCACUCCCAUGUGAUUGGAAAAGGUGGUGGGAACAUCAAAAAGGUGAUGGAGGUCACAUCCUGUCACAUCCACUUCCCUGACUCCAACCGCCACAGUGCUACAGGAGAGAAAAGCAACCAGGUCUCCAUUGCUGGGCCCAUAGAAGGGGUGGAAGAGGCCAGAAAGAGGAUAAGAGACCUCCAGCCACUGUCUCUGACAUUUGACCUGCCUGUAAGUCUGGUACCCCAGGCUCUUCCAGAUGCAGGUUCACCCCUCAUCCAGCAGGUGGUGCAGACUUUAGGAGUGAACGUUAGCUUCAGGACCAUACCGCCUCAGCCUCAAACUCAACCUUCCUUUUAUGGAAGCUGCUGCACCAUCUGGGGUCUGCAAGGCAAUGCAGCUGCUGUCAAGAAGGCAACCUGCAUCUUGAUGGAGCUCCUGCUUGGAUCAGAAGCCACAGGUGGGGCGGUGAGCAGCCAGCUGGAUGUCACCUCUCAGCAGCAUCUCUUCCUUCUGGGACAGAAUGGUGCACACUUUCUAAGUGUUAUGCAUCAGACACAGACCCAGAUCAUCCUGCCGGAUCUUAGUGCUCCUCAGAGUCCUCCCUCACUGCUCAUUCAGGGCAGUCCUGACGGAGUGUGUCUAGCUCGGCAGCAGCUCAUGGACUGUCUGCCUGUGUGUUUGAUGUUUGACAUGCGCGAAGAUGGCGAGGCAGAUCCCUGUAAACUGGCUCAGAUAAUGCAAAAUCUGGGUGUCUUCAUUAGCGUCAAGCCCAAAGUAAAACAGACCAGCAAGUCUGUGGUGGUGAAAGGUCUGGAAAGGAACAUCUCCUGCCUUUAUGAGGCCCGCUGUCUGCUGCUGGGACUAGAUUCCUGUGAGACCGCCAAGCUAACAGGAGUGAAACCUGACCUAGUGCUUCCUGGCAGUGGUCUGACUAACUACUGGCUCAACAUGUUGCUGCAGCAGCUUCGUCUCUCUGAGCAGGGCUCUGCACCUGCUACAACUACAGAGUUGUCUGGUACUAAACCCCGACCCUCACCUCCACCGGGCCUCACUUCUCCUACUGAGGAGGGCAGGACGGGGCUGAAGGGGACAGAGAGUCGGCCGCUGGAGAAGAUCCUUGAAAAUGAAUAUCAGUCUGGUCAAUCGGAGGAUGAGAGCUCAGAGGUUGUGGUGAUGUCAUCAGCUGAGGUGUGUGAUGCAGUGAACUGCAGCAUCAGCAGGAUGGGGUUGAACGGUCGGAGGGGGAGUCUCCAAAGUCCAGAAAUCACUAAGAUUCUCAGCCAGGGUAGACGGCAUUCGACAGGGCAGGCGCUAACAUACAGAUUGCUGAAUGCAGAGCCUGAAGGAGGGAGGAAUGAGUGGAGGAACAGCCUGAGGAGAGAUGUGGCUCUGGCUGACAUUGUUAAUGCUGACUCAUCCCAGGCUGAGGAUUAUGACUAUGAGAAAAAGAAACUGCUGGCUACCAGAGCCAUGCAGAGGAAGCCGGUGGUCACAGAGGUGCGGACGCCUACAGACACCUGGAGCGGCCUUGGCUUCUCCAAAUCUAUGCCCGCCGAGGCUGUUAAAGAGCUCCGCAACAUCAGCCGGCGCAGCUACAAACCUUACCUCAGCACCUGUAACAAUCAGCAACAGUCGUGGGCUGCUCAGACAGGAAAGUUGUCUAACGGCAGCGACUCUGAAAACUGGAGGGACAGACGAGGAUCCACAACCCUUCCUGUCUCCUCCUCUUCCCCUUCUUCUUCAUCUCCAUCUUCUCCUUCUUCACCUCCACCAGCCUUUUCUACUUCCUCCUUUCCUGGAUUUACAUCCUCAAUGAAUAGGAGCAGAAGCGACAAACCCUCGGAGAGUUUUGUGAGCAGCUGCUAUUUUGAUGGCAUGUGCUCAUCCAGAAGGGCAUCGACCUGCAGCCAGCGGAGCCCCUCCCCAAUGUUGACAGAUGAUCUGUCCGAGCUGCUCAGCCAACUUGGCCUUAUUAAAUACAUUGAUGUGUUUGAACAACAGGAGAUUGACUACCAGACAUUCCUCACUCUGUCCGAUGAAGAUCUGAAAGAAGUCGGAGUCUCCACCUUCGGAGCCAGACGCAAGAUGCUAAUAGCAAUCUCAGACCUGAACAAGAGCAAGAGGAGACUGUCAGAUACACCUGCAGUGAAGCCUGGCUACCUGGAAGGGGGUGCAAGUGGCAGACUUCCACGAAUCAUGGAUGUGGAAGUUGCAACUCAGAGUAAUCGCUGGUGAGAGGAGACAGGAACCAUCUCUGAGAUUCACCUAAUGUGGAGACUGUAAUUAUGCAGUGACACUGCCUCCAGUAAAAAAGCCUCAACUGCUUUUUAUUUCCCAGAAGUGGAAAAGGAUGAAAUUACCCCGAAGAGCAGCAAAUGUUAUGUAUUUAAAUCCAGUGCCUUCAUUCCACAACCAUAAUCCAAAGCUUUUAUAUGUAUAAUUCAAGACAAGGAGGAUUUUCCUUCCAAACCCGAGGCUUCACAUGCUGAACACGUGUGUAGUAUUUGUUGGAAUAAAGUGCCUUCCUCAUGUAAAUUCCAUACUUUGACCAUGUUAACUAAAACAUAUAUGCAAUUGUAAAUAGAUAUUUUUUUAAAAAAUGACAUUCCAGUUUAAUAGUGAUGAUAAUUAAAAUGUUGUGGUUAAAGUUUAUCAAUGAAGAUUGUGCCUUUAUUAAAGAGUAGACAUAAAAGAUAAUAAUGCCAGAUUUAUUUCAGGGGCAGUGCAGUUAUAUGAUCAGAGCCUUAAACGUAUGAGCCACUAGGAUGCAGCUCAGCAUGAAAUUAUCAGUAAAAAUCUCUAAAUAACAGCUGCAGCAUGAACUAGUCGCCUACUCACAGCUAUGUCCACCACCAGAGGGCAUCAGUGGCACUUAGUUUCUAAAUAUUGGCGUUGCAUUAAAAAUGAUGGACGUGUUUCAAAAUGAAACUGUAUUCUAAUUCCUGGUGGACAAGGUGGAGUUAGUUCUUAAAUUUCU